GUGUGGGUUUUCCACAAGGAAACAAGUUGGUUAAGUGCUUCCCUGUGGGUGAUUCUACUCAUCUGUCUUGGCAGUCUUGCUGUUUGUGCUUACAUGACGAAGCAGCUGUUUCAUCUCAGUUCUCAUGAUCCAGUCUACCAAGUUUUGCUGAGAGAUGACAACAGUGCUACUGAUGCCAAGGUUCCUCUUCUGAGCAGUUCAGUGGAUCAGUUCGAUCGAUCGAGUGGCCAGGGGAACUGAUGAUGCUUGAAACUCAAACCUACGUACCGAUCGAUUAAUGCUGACCUAGCUCGAUCGAUCAAUUUUCAGCUGAAGACCAUUAAUCUCUAUCUACCUGAACUUGCCUCUCAAUCAUGCUCUAUCUUCUCUGUUGUAUUCUUCUUCUCUUUGUAGUACUGCACUCUUCGUAAGGAUCAUCUCCUUCUACGUACUAAUCUCUCCAAAAAUAAGAUUAAGGCCAUCAGUUUUGAAAGUGG